CUUACUUAGUAGCCAUGUCACAGCCCAAGGUGGCGGUUUCGAUGAACCCGCUGGACGUUCGCAAUCCCAGUGUCGAUGGUCCGCAGGGAGAUGCUAUCCCUUUCUUCCACGAGGGCAAGUACCACCUCUUCUACCUGGAGGCGCCAGCGCUCAAGUACGAUCAGCCUGACCGCGGCCGCACACCUUGGCGGCAUAUUGUCAGCGACAAUCUCGUCGACUGGCAGGAUCUCGGGAUUGCAUUGCCACUCGGCACGGGCGACGACCCCGAUAUCGACGGCAUUUGGACAGGUUCCCUCAUUGCAGUCGAUGGCGUGCUGCAUGUCUUUUACACCGGUGGUCGACGUGUAGCGGACAUCCCGCAGACAAUCUGCCAUGCGACGAGCACGGAUGGCGUGGUCUUCAAGAAGAGUGCCUCGAAUCCGAUUCAUGUCCCGCACAGCGACUGGUUCGAACAGCGAGACUGGCGUGAUCCUUAUGUGUUCUGGAAUGAAGAGCACCAGCAAUAUUGGAUGCUCAUCACCUCGCGUGCGCGCGAGGGGCCUCCUGGACGCAGGGGUGUGAUAUCGUUGAGCACUUCUGACGAUCUCAUGAAAUGGACCACCAUGCGUGAACCUUUCUACGCGCCAGGCAGCACAUACUCGAUGGAGUGCCCGGAGGUGUUUCGUCUUGGGGGAAAGUGGCGCCUAGUCUUUUCCCGCUUCACUGAGUAUGCCGCUACCGUCUACCGCGAGGCGGACGAUCUGGCUGGCCCCUGGCGCACGCCGAAAUAUCCAGCAUUCGACGGCCCCUACUGGUAUGCCGCAAAGUCUCUGGAAGACUCGCAGGGACGCCGGAUCGCAUUUGGCUGGGUCCACGAUCGGCGUGGCUUCGCAGAGGGAGGCGAAUGGCUCUGGGGCGGGGACAUGUGCCUGCCUCGCGAAAUCUACGUCGGUGAAGAUGAUCGUUUGUGCGUCCGAAUACCAAGCGAAGUCGACGCUCAACUGACGUCCCAACAACCACUCCUCAUUCGGCACGCAUCCGGUGGUACGACGACAGAAUGGCAAGCCAACGUGGCUGGUGGCUUCUCACAAGCCGAAAUCGAAACUGGCGCUCUACCGCGCAGCCUCACCCGGCUUUCGGUUGAAGUUGACAUCCAGGAUCUGGCCGGCGGUGUGGGUCUGGCGCUCUACACCAACCAGGAGCUUACAGACGGUUUGCUGCUUUUCUUCGACGCCAGCUCUGGGGUCAUCAGCUUGGGUGGUCCGACAGGAGGCCAGGAAGACGAUCGUCUGCCGGUGCCCGCUGUGACGAACCGGAUUAAAGCUCGUUCCCACGGCAAGCUCCAAAUCGACUUGUAUCUACGUGGCGACGUGCUGGAAGUAUUCGUUGAUAGACAGGUCGCGCUGUCGUAUCGCCAAUAUUUCAACCGGCCAUUCACAGCAAAGCCAUACGUCGAAGAUGGAGUCGUCACAUUUAAGGCAACACUGGCCACUCGGUAACAGGCUCUCAAGAUAAAAAAGAGUGCCUGCUGUGUAAUAAAAAUCAUUUCGUCCAAGGACGUGGAACAAAAUGGCAUGCAUUUGGUCAAAGCUCGUGUAGGAAGC